CCUCCCUCUAGUCAGUGUGGCGCACAAUAGCGUCAGAGUGUGCAAAUACGCACACACACUUCUUUCAGUUCGGUUUCGAGCACACUUUUUGGACACUUUUACGCGCCGCUCUUUGGCUUCCAAUGGGAAUUAAUCGUGCGGAUUUUGCAUCGUUUCUUGGAACGCAGUGAUUUGUAUUUUGUUCCUUUUGUUUGGGGAAAAGUUUCGAGGCAAACAUGCCGGAGAGAAUCAGCAUUUCGGACUUUGUGGUUUUGACCAAUGAGGAUCUGUCGUCACCGGCCACGUCCACUUUCCAGGCCAAAAUGAGCGAUUGUCGGAGCACAGUGUCCGUCGUGGAAGAGUCCCUGGAGAUGGAUCACGCCACUCUACAAAAGAUGAAGAAGAUGAUCAAAGCUAUCUACAACUCCGGAAUCACUCACAUGGAAGCCAAGGAGCAGUACACGGAGGUCCUGGAGAACCUGGGCAACAGCCACCUGAGCCAAGACAACAACGAGGUCUCCACGGGCUUCCUCAACCUGGCCGUCUUCACCCGAGAGGUCACGGCCCUACUCAAAAAUCUGGUGCAGAACCUCAACAACAUCAUGGCCUUCCCUUUAGAAAAUGUGCUGAAAUCGGAGCUGCGCGACAGCAGAUUGGAGCUGAAAAAACAAAUGGAGAGGAGCUGGAAGGAGUACGACGUAAAAAUAGCAAAACUGGAGAGGGAGCGCAAGGAGAAGGGCAAGCAGCUCAUCCGAACGGAGGGAUCGGACGGAGGAGAAGACAUGGAGAGGGAGAGACGGACUUUCCAGCUGCAGAUGUGCGAGUACCUUUUGAAGAUCGAGGAACUGAAGGUCCGUCAAGGCCCGGAUCUCCUACAGAGCCUCAUAAAGUUCUUCCAAGCCCAGCUCAGUUUCUUUCAAGACGGUUUGAAAGCAGCAGAGAAUCUUGCUCCUUUUGUGGAGAAACUGGUGUCUUCAGUUCACACGGUUCGGCUCGACCAGGACGAGGAAGUCAAACAGCUCACUCAGCUGAGGGAUUCUCUCCGUUUGCUCCUGCAAGUAGACGGCAAAGAGGAAUACCUAAAUAGGAAGAACUCGGGUAACGGCUACAGCAUCCAUCAGCCGCAAGGCAACAAGCAGUACGGGACGGAGAAGUCGGGUUUUUUGCUCAAAAAGAGUGACGGGAUCAGAAAAGUGUGGCAGAAGAGGAAAUGUGGAGUCAAAUUUGGCUGUCUAACCAUCUCUCACAGCACGAUCAACCGACCACCGGCCAAACUCAACCUUCUGACCUGUCAGGUGCGACCGAACCCGGAGGACCGCAAAGUCUUUGACCUGGUUACUCAUAACCGGACAUACCAUUUCCAGACAGAAGACGAGCAGGAAUGUGUGAUCUGGGUGUCGGUGCUGCAGAACAGCAAAGAGGAGGCCCUGAACACGGCGCUUGGAGGAGACCAGCUCCACCUCCAGGAUAGCGGCCUGCAGGAACUUUCCAGAGCCGUCAUUGGAGAGCUUCGUCACAUGCCCGGCAACGAGGCCUGCGCCGACUGCGGAGCGCCAGAUCCAACAUGGCUGUCCACUAAUCUCGGCAUCCUGACCUGCAUCGAAUGCUCGGGGAUCCACAGAGAACUGGGUGUCCAUUACUCCAGGAUCCAAUCACUGACGUUGGACUUGCUGAGCACCUCCGAGUUACUGCUGGCAGUUAGCAUUGGCAACACAAGAUUCAACGACAUCAUGGAGGCGGGUCUUCCAAAUGACGCUGUCAAACCUUUACCACAGAGCGACAUGAAUGCCAGAAAGGAAUACAUUGUGGCCAAAUACGCCGAGCGGCGCUACGUCCUGCGUCGGGAGAACACGGAACCCGGCCAGCUGGACGACGCCGUGAAAACCCGGGACAUGACGUCUCUGCUGCAGCUCUUCGCCGAGGGGGCGGACCUCGCCAGACCGCUCUCGGUGACUGAUGGGCAGGCUCUGAAAGAAACCGCUCUUCAUCUGGCCGUGCGUCUGGAAGAAAGAAGCUCUUUGGCCAUUGUGGAUUUCUUGUGCCAGAACAGCAACUGCUUGGAGAAGAGGACGACGGAAGGCAAUACGGCUUUGCACUACAGCGCCCUCUAUCACAAACCCGAAUCACUCAAGUUGUUGCUCAAAGCCAAGGCCACUCUUCAUAUAGUGAACUCCGCCGGAGAGACGGCCAUUGAUAUCGCCAGGAGGCUGCAGCACACGCAAUGUGUUGAGCUGUUGGAGCUGGCCCACAAUGGAAAGUUCAACUCUCAGAUACACGUGGAGUUCAUGUGGGACACUCAAGCUCAGGAGAUCUACGACAGCGAGGACGACCUGGACGAGAGGGUGAGCCCCGUACCCAAGAACCGCUCUCCGGUGUCGUCAAAUGGAAGCGCCGGAGCCCGUUGGAGUGUGAUGAGCGUCGCGGGCGGGAACACGGGCAGCAGACCUUGUCAGACCUACGAGAACCUGGAGUUCCUCUACAGAAAUUCACUGGUCAACGGCGCCCCCUCUGGCGUAUCCGUGCCACCGCCGUUGCCUGUUAAAUCCACCCCGAAAGGUCGCUCUGACCCGCAGCUGUCAGUCUCAAUGCCGGACGUGAGUCUUCAAAUUCCCAGAAGAGCUUCCAACCCAUCCGCCAGCACUCCUGGCUCGCAAGCCAGACAGAGCCCCCCUUCGCCCGCCGUGGAGAAUCAGGCGCUGGCUGGAAAAGCUAGCAAGGGAAGCAAGUCUCAGAGACAUUCCGGGGAAGUUCAAGUCGGCACUGCUUGUGCUUCUCAAAGCACCACCGCGUCCUCCCAGAACCACAUUGGGCCUGUUAGUUCCGAGAAGACCACAUCUUAUCGUCGCACCAGCAGCGGAGGAGGCAACCAAGGCAAAUGUGCCGUUUUGUCUCCUACCAGCAACCAGGAGGAGCCGUAUUGUACUCUGGGGGGGAAUUGCGCCGGGCUCGGCCAGGUACCCAUUGCCCCGACUUCUUCUCCUGGCGUCACCCCCGCCCUGCGACCACGACGGAAUGCGAUGGUUUCGGGCAGCAGGAACCCCCAGAAGCGAGUCAAGGCUAUAGUGGAUGGCAGACCCACCAAUUCAGAGCAGCUGACCUUUUUUAAAGAUGAGACCAUUGUGGUCACGGUCUCUACUGACCCCCACUGGUGGGUAGGUUACAUAGAAGGGGACUCGUCCAGAAGUGGGACCUUCCCUGUUAACUACGUCCAAAAAGUGGCAGAUGAAAUACGUCUGCGAAAGACAAACUGAACCAGCAUCAGAUGCUCGAUGGCUUUUUUUACAUUUCGGUGACCAAGUGGACUUGUAUGCUGUUUUCCAACACGGAUUUACUCAAACUGGAACACGGUGAGCAAAUUCGGGACAUUACCCGCUAGAGGACUACACAAAGGGAUUUGAAAUUGCAGACAAGGAAUAUAAAACUUUUAAAAUAUGACCUUCUCCAACCUUAUGAACUUUUCUCAGUUUUCUAAAAUGUUUUUAUUAACAAAUACGGAUGGUAUUAGCCAUACACAAACAUUUCCUUACAUUCUGAGCCUAUCAAUUUUAAAAAUGCACUUUAAUCUCACAUGGAAAAUCUCCUUGGAAAUUGUCACCGUCCAGUGUAAAUUACUUGCUAUAUCAGUGAUUAGUGAACAAAGUUCCUGAAAGUGUGUGUGCAUCAUGGACACACAGUUGCACUUAUUGUACAUAUUGUAAAUAGCUACUGGUAUUUCGGAUUUUUUUUUUUAAUACUUUCAUGUCACAAAAAAAUUAUAAUCCAUGUAAUGUGGAUUACUGUACAUACUAUCUGAUGUGUAUAUAUGUCUAAAAUGUGUGUGUGUACGUAAAAUGUGUAUUUUCCCCCCCGACGUCC